UGAAAACGCAGCCCAUUCGGCUCAAUCCGAGACUGACAACAGACGGAGACACCCGGAAGGUGCAAAAGCAAAAGCAAAGAGACAAGAAUGAACCGCUUCAAGACGUCCAAAUUUAAGAACACGACUCCCAAGAUUCCUAAGAAAGAUGACUGGGUGUCAAAUGCACGAGGAAGCUCAUUGAACUCUCUGGGCAACCAGAUCAAAUCCAGCUGCAGUUUUGUGGCUUUUAACACCGAACAGACUGGUGGUGGAAUGGUGGGACUCUGUUCAGUAGAUCCUGGACCUGAUGGCAAAUGGACAGUUAUGCAGAUUCCAUGUCAUGCUGACCAGGUGACAGAUCUGGACUUCUCACCAUUUGAUGACUAUCUCCUGGCCACUUGCUCGUCUGAUGAGACGGUGAAGCUGUGGCGUUUGUGUGAGUUGGGUCAGGAGCAGUCAGCUAGUGUGGAGGUUUCGCUGAAGUCGAGUGAGGGCAGGCUGGAGCUGCUGCUUUUCCAUCCUACUGCCUCAGGCCUGCUGGCUGUUGCCUCAGCUAGGGGGAUACAAGUCUGGGACACCAGCAGAGACAAAGCCCUGGCAGUUUUGGAGCAGCAUGCUGACCAGUUGCAGGGUUUAACUUGGAAAGAGGAUGGCUCCCUACUGGCCUCCUCCUGCAAGGACAAAAACCUGCGCGUAUUUGAUCCAAGAGCACAGCUGACUGCAGUCCAGUGUGUUCAAGGCCUUCAGACCAACAAGGACUCCCGCAUUCUGUGGGUCAAAGAUGAUUACAUUCUUGCUACAGGAUUCAACCAGCACCGUCAGCAGGAGGUGAGGCUGUGGGACAGCAGGAAGCUGAACUCUUCUGUCAGCUCUGUGUCUUUAGGCACCUCCAAUGGGACCUUAAUGCCAUUGUAUGAUUCUGACUCUGGUCUUCUUGUAGUGUCAGGAAAGGGAGACAGUGUUCUUGACUGCUUUGAGGUGACCACAAGUGAGCCAUUCCUUUCUCAAGUAAGUCAUUGCUUGAGUGAUGCUUCUACACGUGGCAUUGCCUUGGUGCCUAAACAUGUGUUGAACGUGGGCUGUUGUGAAGUGCUGCGUGUCCUGCAGCUGACAGAGAACUUCAUCAUCCCCAUCAGUUACCAAGUGCCCCGCAAGGCAGGGCAGGAUUUUCAUGCUGACCUGUACCCAGACACAUUGGGCCACACACCAGCUGUGACAGCAGAAGAGUGGUGGCAGGGAGCAAACAAGCAGGUAGAAAGAGUCACCCUCCACCCAGACAAGAGGCCAAAGGGCAAAGUUCAGCCAGCUUCAGCAAUGGCACUACCUCGUGGAAAGAUUAAAGAGGAACCCUCUACCUCCAGCAGUCCCUUAAGUACCCCCAGCAGUAGUGCUGCUCCAUCCCGCUCCCCUUCCUCCACCAGUGGCCUGUCCUCUGGCUUCCUGCCCAGUCCUAGCCAGAGCUCCCGUGCCAUUCAGAGCAUGCUGGGACCAAGUUCUAAGUUCCGUCACAUCCAAGGGACUGUCCUGCACCGUGCCACCCACAUCACCAACCUGCGUGGGAUGAGUCUGACCACGCCUGGCGAGUGUGAUGGUUUCUGUGCCAAUGCACAGCGUGUGGCUGUGCCCCUAGCAAUUGCCGGAGGGCAGAUCGCUGUGCUUGAGCUUUCUCAACCAGGGAAGCUGCCAGAUACUGCUCUGCCAACCAUUCAGAACUCAGUCAACGUGGCUGACCUCUGCUGGGACCCCUUUGACUUCCAUAAGCUGGUUGUUGCUGGUGAUGAUGCAAAGAUCCGUGUGUGGAUGGUUCCAGAAGGUGGACUGUUGGAGACGCUGACUGAACCAAGGUGCAUUCUGCAGGGACACACUGAGAAAAUCUAUUCCAUCAAGUUCCACCCCCACGCAUCAGGUCUGCUGGUUUCCUCCUCAUAUGACAUGACAGUUCGACUGUGGGACCUGGACACUGGAAAUGAGGUCAGAAAAUUAAGUGGACACCAAGACCAAAUUUUUGGGAUGGCUUGGAGUCCCAAUGGCAAGUUCCUGGCUACAGUGUGUAAAGAUGGGAAAGUGCGUUUGUAUGACCCCCGCAAGUCUGCUGAGCCCAUUCAGGAAGGCCCAGGGCCUGAAGGCCACAGAGGUGGGCGUUUAGUCUGGGUGUGCAAUGGACAGUACCUGUUGGUUUCAGGGUUUGACUGUCGUAGUGAGAGACAGCUUUACCUAUACUCUUGUGAGUCUUUGGCCUCUGGAGCUGUGGCUACUGCUCCAACUGAUGUCUCACCUUCGACUCUCAUCCCAUUCUAUGACUCCGACACCAGUGUCCUCAUCCUCACAGGGAAGGGUGACACACGAGUGUACAUCUUUGAAAUCAUGUCAGAAGCCCCUUAUUUUACAGAGUGCAGCAGCUUCCACUCUUCUGAGCCACAUAAGGGUUUGUGCUUCUUAACGAAGACUGAGUGUGAUGUGCGUGAUGUAGAGAUAGCCAGGGCCAUCCGGCUUGGUAAAACCACCAUCGAGCCUGUGGCCUUCAAAGUUCCCCGUGUCCGAAAAGAGUUCUUCCAGGAUGAUGUGUUCCCAGAGACAGCAGUGUGGUGGGAGCCAGCUUUGACUGCCUCUGCCUGGCUCUUAGGAACUGACGCUCAGCACCGCAAAAUCAGCUUGAAGCCCAAAGACAUGACCCCUGUGAGUUUGGCUCCUAAGGAGGCUCCAGUGAGGAAGUACCUGCCCUCCUCUGUGUACCUUGAGGAGAAGACAGACGAACAGAAAAAAGAAGAACUUUUGAGUGCCAUGGUGGCAAAGCUUGGGAACAGAGAAGACCCACUGCCACAGGAGUUAUUUGAGGGAGUGGAUGAAGAUGAAUGGGAUGACUAGUGGAAAUCUUUGCCUUAUGGAUGAGCCAGGAAGCCAGCAAUAGGGAGACAAACAAGAAUCCUGCUGUACUUUGUGCCAUUCCUGAGUGGCAGUCUAAAAGCCACACUCUCACUCCAACAUUCUAAUCCAAUUAACCAACACUUCCAACUCCUCUUUGUCUACAUUAAGUCUCCAUGCUUGACAAGACAGGCUGUGAUCUCUCAGUGAUAUUCUUCUUUGGCUAAAUGUGUAUUUAUUACAUGUCUGUGCUUAGUGAUCAUAAGAUUAGCUACAUACAGACUUGCUAAUGUCAGAGAUUGCAUGGCUGCCCAAACAACCAGAUUUAUCUUCACCCCAACUGCAAAGUUGACAAAACUGCAAAACUCUUAGUUUAUAUAUUGAUCAGCAUGAAUUUUAUACUGUAAAUCAUAUCUGUUAUAAGCAGUUUUUCUAUGCAUAAAUACAAGUAACUCUUCUGAUUUUUUUUUUUGGUGGAGAUCAGUAAAUGUUUGAUUAUUGAAAUGUAUGUUCCAAUUUUUAUUGAUUGUACUGCAUAGCUGUAACGUGUAUCAUAGUGUUGGGGAUACCUAGAGGCCUCCUUUUCAGUAUUCCAGUAAACUAGAAUCUCCAUACCUCAAGCAAAUAUAUAAAACCUUUUGGAAGAUCAUCCAUUCCUAUUAAAUUGUAAGUACUCUCAAUAACUCAGUCAACUUCUUUAGCAGUAUUAUUAGCAAUCAAUGCAGCUGCCAAGAUCAUCUUUCCAUCCAGGUCUACUACUUAAGACAGUAUUCGUAAAUGUUUACUUUAGGCAGAAGAAGAAUCAUAACUUUACAUGUUUGAACACUUUUCAGUGUAUUUUUCACUGAUGUGAGCCACACUUAGACAAUAGUACUGGAUGUGUAUACGUUAAUGCAUAUGUAACUGAGUGUUCUUUGGGAUGUCUCAAAACUUUUGUUUGAUAUUAGCUCACAUUGUUAUACUUCAGAGGAAGUAACAUUGCCUUAUGCUCUCCUUUCAACUGAAUGUCACGUGGGAAUGUUGCCCUGCAAUAAAACAUUUUUGCAAGUGUGGCGAA